AUGUCUGCCAGUAUUCGUAGUAAAAGUCUACCAUCUUCAAACAAAACCUCACCUGAAAAUGCAUUUGAACCAUCCCCAGUUACCACAAUACUCGAUGAAGCGUUGGUGUUGCAAAUCCCCGGAUGUACAGUAAAUUUGGUUGAAGAAGGACAAGCUGUAGAAAUAGCCAAAGAAUACUUCAAUCUCGUUAAGCACUCUGACGAGAAUGUACCUUCAGUUAUCUUAGUUAAGGUUGGUGAUGAACUUCAAUGGCCUUUAGCGAAAGAUGAACCAGUGGUGAAACUUGAUGCGCUUGAUUACUUAUUUUCGUUGCAGAUGGAAGAUAUGAAUCUUAGCUAUGGUGUUUCUUUCUCUCAACAAUCCGACGUUAGUGGUUUGACUGAUCUUGAUUCAUUUCUUAAAGAACACUCUUGCUUCUCUGGGGUUUCUUCUCCCAGUACUUCUGGAACUACUUCUGAUGCUCGAGCUCUUAAUUGGGCUGAGCUUGCACCAAGGAUUAAAUAUUACGACGCAGUCCUGGAAAAAGCAAUACCAAGCAGAUCCCAUGAAAUUGUUAAAGGGAUUUUCAAGUUGAGCAAUGUCUGCACCAAACAGGUUCAAAAGGGAGGAGCAAUGGUUAUAACCGAAACCGAAAACAACAAGAGCAACAAGAAAACCACAGAUGGUACGAAGAAGAGUGCACUCCUUAAGGGUUUAGAAAGGGUCAGGACAUUUUCAGAUAUGACAGAGAAAAGUAGCACGACUGUACUUACAAUCGUCGAGAUGGGCACUGAAUCAGCAGUAGGACCAAUCAGCUCCCAUGCAGAGAAACAAAUUCUAGCCACGGUACCUGGAAAGGUCCUCUUGGAUUCUCUCGGUACUUUCGGCAGGCAUAUUGAUGCAGCUGAAGUUGCCGAAAAACAAGCGCUUUCUGCUGCAUCCAAAGCUGCAGCCAAAAUGGUCAGCAAUAGAUUUAAAUUUCCCCUAAUUCUUCAACUUAUUUUGGCUAUUUUGGUUCUUAUAAACAUAUUUGGAGAAAGUGCAGGGGAGGCAACAGAAGACAUAUUUGCUAUUGCAGGGCAUACUGCAAGCACUGCUUUCAACAUUGUAAAAAUCCAAGGCGCAAUCGACCCAGUAUCCUCUGUUUCUACGACAAUGGCGAAGAAUGCAAUAAUGAAGAACCUUUGA